UUGUUUCACAAUCUUCACCACACUGAAAAUUUUUAGAACUCAAAUCGAAACAGAAAAAUCUAAAACCCCACAAACCCAAUUCCUUAAACUAAGUUUGUUAGAGAAAAAUUUUCUCGAAAUCCAAAUGGCUCUCGCUGUAACUUCUUCUUCUUCUUCAUCUACUGCAAUUUCUAAAGGUUUACAACACGGUUCGUUUAGGCUAUUAUCGGAUCGGCCUAAACCUCGGACUCAUGGUUUGAAUUAUUCACAAAGACGGUUCUCGGUGAAGGCUUUACACGCAGAGCCCAAACGUAACGAUUCGAUUGUGCCUCUUGCUGCUACUAUCGUUGCUCCUGAAAGUGCAGAAGUGGUGGAGAAAGUGGAGGUGGAGGUGGAGGAGGAGAACUUUGAGCAAUUAGCUAAAGAGCUUGAGAAUGCAUCUCCUCUUGAAGUUAUGGAUAAAGCUCUUGAAAAGUUUGGCAAUGACAUUGCAAUUGCGUUCAGUGGUGCUGAAGAUGUUGCUUUGAUCGAGUAUGCACAUUUAACUGGUCGACCCUUUAGAGUGUUCAGCCUGGAUACAGGGAGGCUGAACCCAGAAACAUAUCAAUUUUUUGACACAGUUGAGAAGCAUUAUGGCAUCCGCAUCGAGUACAUGUUUCCUGAUGCUGUUGAAGUACAGGCAUUAGUAAGGAGCAAGGGUCUGUUCUCUUUCUAUGAAGAUGGGCACCAGGAGUGCUGCCGUGUGAGGAAGGUUAGACCCCUGAGGAGGGCGCUUAAGGGGCUUCGCGCCUGGAUCACUGGCCAAAGGAAAGAUCAGUCUCCAGGUACUAGGUCUGAGAUUCCUGUUGUCCAAGUGGACCCAGUUUUUGAGGGGAUGGAUGGUGGGAUUGGCAGCUUGGUGAAGUGGAAUCCGGUGGCAAAUGUUCAGGGUCAAGACAUAUGGAAAUUCCUUCGUGCGAUGGAUGUGCCUGUGAAUACAUUGCACUCACAAGGUUACAUCUCAAUUGGUUGUGAGCCAUGCACUAGAUCGGUCCUACCAGGGCAACAUGAGAGAGAGGGAAGGUGGUGGUGGGAGGAUGCCAAGGCAAAGGAGUGUGGCCUACACAAAGGAAAUAUUAAGGAGGAAAAUGUAGAUGGUAAUGGAAAUGGGGCAGUCCAUGCUAAUGGAACUGCCAUAGUUCCUGAUAUAUUCAACACCCAGAACUUGGUUACCUUGAAUAGGACUGGAAUUGAGAAUUUAGCGAGGUUGGAGGACCGAAAAGAACCAUGGAUUGUUGUGCUCUAUGCACCAUGGUGCCAGUUUUGCCAGGCAAUGGAAGCAUCAUAUGUUGAAUUGGCUGAGAAGUUGGCAGGGAGUGGCGUGAAGGUGGGAAAGUUCAGAGCAGAUGGUGAUCAGAAGGAGUAUGCCCAGAGAGAACUGCAACUAGGAAGCUUUCCCACUAUACUUUUCUUCCCAAAACACUCGUCUCGGCCAAUAAAGUAUCCCUCUGAGAAUAGGGAUGUUGAUUCCUUGAUGGCUUUUGUGAAUGCUCUCCGGUGAUAGGAAUUGAAAAUCAUUUAUGGUGUUGAACACUGCAACUCAUUCAAGAGGAAAGUCCAAGACUAAAGUUUGGUUUCACCGAGUCCAUUACUUUUAGGGGAAGGUAAAUAAAACAAUUGAGUAGUCAAAGAAUGAUUGUGAAUCAGCCCAGCCGAAUUGGUACUUAAAUGUGCCAAUGGUAUUUCUCAGACUCAAGAGUGUACGAGUUUUUGGUUUAGUGUCAGUUUUCAUGUUUUUCUUGUAAGAGUUCCUUUAGAUGUAGGAACUUGCUUUGAUGUUUUGUAGGGAAGAGAUUGUAUGCAAUUGGUGGAACUUAAGGUGUAUAUAGUCUUUGUAAUUUGCGAUUUUGGAAAUUUAUUGCCUACUUUGUAUUCA